AUGUCGAAAGUUGUUCCACUCGCCUCCAAUAGCCCGGAGUACAAGGGUAUUUCAGCGCUGAAUAUCUUCUAUGAAGCUGGUCUUGAUAGUGAUAGUCGACCUAUCUUAGUUAUGUGUGCUGAUAACCUUCCCGAUCCCGAUAUUUAUGAAUACGAUCUUAUAUUAUCGGAUGAAUUUGUAGAAAACGACUAUGUUAUGGUUUUCUUUUCAUCACCUGCGCGAUAUCGACCCGGGUGGAGAUGGUUGUUGAGAGCUUACCGUUCUCUAGAUCGCAAAUAUAAAAAGAAUUUGAAAGCGCUUUAUGUUGUUCAUCUAUCAAAAGGUUAUAGAUUGGUAUUCGAUCUCGCAAAUAAAAUUGUCAGCCCAAAAUUCGCCCGCAAAUUGCAUUAUAUACAGAGUCUUGAAGAGUUGAAAGCGAACAUAUCUUUGGCACCACAAUUUAUACCGCAAAGGGUAGUCGACUAUGAUCAGCAAUUGCCUAUAACCACUAACGUGACGACAAUACAGAAAUCAAAACGCCCUUUACCCUCAUUAGCUUUCGGACGAAAAUUAGAGGAGCUGGCCGAUUUAGAAGGAAAUACCUCAACACAGUAUAUUCCUACUUUUGUGAUACAGAUAGUAGACCAUUUACGCGAAAAAGGAUUGGACAAAGAGGGCAUCUUCAGAAAAUCACCGUCUAGCGAUGAACUACGUUUUGUGAAAAACAACUUCAAUAAUGGCGUGAAAGUGGACCUUGACGAGUAUGAUAUUGAUGUGUCCGCUGCAUUAUUAAAAGUGUUUAUCAGAGAACUUCCAUCACCUUUAAUCAAUUUAGAGUUUAGCAAAAGUAUUGGCUCUUUACCAGACGCAAAUGAUUGUUCUGACGAGUUAAUCAAGGAUGUCAAGAGAAAAUUAAACGAGCAUUAUCAACGCAUUCCAAAUUACUACACCUUGCUGAGCUACAUUUGUAGAUUUUUAAAGGAAGUUUCAGAACAUGCUCACAAGAACAAAAUGGAUACGCACAAUUUAGCUGUGGUAUUCACGCCGAAUAUGAUCAGGGCGGAAGAGGUUAGUCCAACUGAUACUUAUAUGGCAGUGCCAGACAACAAUCAAGCAGCUUUAACAGAUGCUGCCGCCUAUUUGAAGAUGAUGAACAGAGGAAUGUCUCUAGUACAAGUGUUGAUCACCAAAUAUGAACAAAUAUUCGAGCAGUAA